GGCGGUAAAAGUGGCGAUUGAUUUAGUUUACCAAUGUAUUUGUGUUGCUUACUCAUACAAUCAAGCGUUUACCUUAAAUUAAGUGUGUUUGAUUAAAGCCAAGUGUAUCAAAUCUUGAACUGAGUUUAAUGAAAUUAAAUGACAGUGUCACUAGCCUUUUAAAAUCGCCCUGAGUCGAAGCGGGAUUGCUGACACACACUUUUUGAAAGAUGUCAAAACAGGUUACGCUAUCAAAGUUCUUUGCGACCAAGAAUCCGAAAUCGUCGGGAAACAGUUUUUCAACUGACGAAGAUACCCAGUCUAAACGAAAUGGAAAGAAUGUCAAAUCAUCAUUAUCAUCGUCCAAAAGAAAACAGUCUCCUAAGGAAAGUAACAACCCCAAACCACCCAAAAAGACAUGUCUAAGUCCUACAAGCAAUGGUAUAAACAACAGUGAAGAACCAGUCACAUCAACAGCUGCAGCCAGCCCCAAGACACCUUUAGGGAAACUUGCAGAAAAUACAUUGAAGAGACUUUCAGAGUUCUCAGCUGAGUGUGAGCCAUCCACUUCAUACACAGAAAUAAAAACGUAAAAGUUUUCAGAACAGUGAGUCUCGUUCAGACAGCCCACCACCUAGUACGUCCAGCUUUGAGAACCCUGUGUGUUUGGACAGUAGCGAUGACGAAGCCAUGGAGGUAGACCAGGCUCAGAGUGUUGGUAAGGAGUCCAACCUUUCUGCUAGAUAUGCCUCUGGAAAAAACAGUUGGAAACCGAAGGUAUCUCCUGUUGUGAACAAAACAACAAAGACUAAAUAUACUCCCCUUGAACAGCAGUUUAUGGAGAUCAAGGAACAGUAUCCUGAUUCAGUACUGUUUGUUGAGUGUGGUUACAAGUACAGAUUCUUCGGAGAUGAUGCUGAGGUUGCAGCAAAGGUGUUGAAGAUAUUUGCUCACCCUGACCACAACUUCAUGACAGCCAGUAUUCCUACUCAUCGGUUGUUUGUGCAUGUCCGCAGGCUAGUGUCUGCUGGAUACAAGGUUGGUGUUGUGAAGCAGACGGAGACUGCAGCCCUGAAGGCUGCUGGCAGCAACAAGGCGGGACCAUUUGGCCACAAACUGUCUGCCCUCUACACCAAGUCAACACUCAUUGGGGAAGAUGUGGACCCUCUGUCAGGGUUGGGGGACACGGAUGCUGCAUCCCCUGGGGUCCAGCCCAACAACUAUCUCAUGUGUGUGUAUGACUCUCCUGAAGGACUCAGCAAAGGAAACAAGCGAGAAGUUGGGAUGCUGGCUGUGGAUCCUGGUACUGGCGAUGUCUUGUAUGACUGUUUCGUGGAUAGUGACACAAGAGCAGAGCUUGAGAAGAGGAUAACCCACAUACAGCCAGUAGAGAUGCUGCUCCCAGACUCCUUGACUGACAAGACAGAGAAGCUCAUCAGUGAUAUUGUAGCAUUGAGUUCGACUGACGAUGAUCGUAUACGACUAGAACGCAUAGGAGAUGAAAACUUUAUGUACAGCCAGGCAUUUGAAACGGUUUCUGACUUCUAUUCUGGAAACAGCCUUCAGUCUGUGGUCAACCUACCGAAGCCUGUCAUUUGCUGUCUUUCAGCUAUUAUUGUCUACCUCAAAGAUUUCCACUUACAGAACGCACUACAGCUGACAGGUAAUUUCAACGAGUUUUCCCUCAAGUCCAAGUUCCUGCAGCUAGGUGGCAGCACUGUGCGUAAUCUGGAGUUAUUUCAGAACCUGACCGAUGGCCGACAGAGAGCCACGUUGUUCUGGGUCAUCAACCACACUGUGACAAAGUUUGGCUGCCGGCUUCUCAGAUCAUGGCUUGCCAAUCCACUAAUGGAUGUAAGUGUUAUCCGAGAGAGACAGGAAGCUGUGGAGGAACUGGGCAGUGGGACUCUGUCUGCCAUAGUGAAGCUGAGAGACAUCCUGGCCAAGCUGCCGGACCUGGAGAAGGGACUCUGCUCCAUCUACUACAAGAAGUGCUCCACAGGUGAAUUUUACCUAGUGUGUAAGGCUCUAGAGAAGAUGUUUAAGGAGAUGAAGAGUCUGUCUAGCUCUGUAGGAGACCAGGUCAAAUCCGCUUUGAUACGGACAAUACUGACUGAAGUACCAGGUCUGCUUGGGGAGGUGAAGAGCUUUUCUGGACUUAUCAAUGAGAAAGCUGCAAGAGAGAAUGACAAACCCAACCUGUUCAGUGAUGAAAGUAGGUUUCCCAAGAUAGUCAGCAGAAAGAAGGAGCUGACUGAUGUGCAGCUGGAGCUGAAGGACCACCUCCGUGACGUCCGCCGCACCGUCAGACAACCUGCUCUCAACUACGUCACUGUGUUACAGACAGAGUUUCUGGUUGAGGUACGGAACACCCAACUUAAACUCGUACCCCAUGACUGGACCAAGAUUAGCAGUACGAAGGCAGUGAGCAGGUUCCACACACCCGUCAUUGUAGAGAAGUACAAGCUGAUGAACCAGCUGCGGGAACAGUUGGUGCUGGACGCGACGGAUGCAUGGAGGGAUUUCCUACAGGAGUUCUCAGAGCACUACCUUCAGUUCAAGAGGGGAAUACAGCACCUGGCUACUCUAGACUCUCUCCUGUCUCUGUCUACAGUAGCUCUGCAGAAUGGAUACUGCAGGCCUGAAGUGGUCGAUGAUGCUGUGUGUGUGGAGAUUGACCAGGGACGACACCCUGUCAUAGACAUUCUCAAGGCUGACCAUGAACAGUUUGUGCCCAAUGAUACACAGUUGCAGGCAAGUGCUGAGCGAGUGAUGAUUAUCACAGGACCCAACAUGGGAGGCAAGAGCUCCUACAUCCGACAAGUUGCGCUGAUCUCCAUCAUGGCUCAGAUUGGGUCGUUUGUUCGAGCCGACAGAGUCAAACUGGGUGUGCUUGAUGCUAUAUAUACAAGAAUGGGUGCAGCCGAUGAGAUCUUCAAGGGGCGCAGCACCUUCAUGGUGGAACUGGAGGAAGCGUCUGACAUCAUGGCCCACGCCACGGAGAGGUCUCUCGUCAUCAUGGACGAGCUUGGCAGAGGGACUUCCACCCAUGAUGGAGUGGCCAUUGCCUAUGCCACCCUCAACUUCUUUAUCAAAGAAGUGAGGAACUUGACGCUCUUCGUAACCCACUACCCUAUGUUGUCGGAGUUCGAGAGCAUGUAUCCUGACAUCGUUGGCAACUAUCACAUGUCCUUCCUGCUGCAUGAAGAUGAUGAUGAGGAUGACGGUAAUGUGAUCACGUUCCUCUACCAACUGGUGCGUGGUGUCGCCGCCAAGAGCUAUGGACUGAACGUGGCCAGGCUGGCAGACAUAGCAACAGACGUCAUCAAACUGGCCACUCAGAAGUCAUCAGAGUUUGAACAGAAUGUCCUCCACAAAAGAAACACAAUGCAACUCUUACUCUCCUGCUUUGGAAACGAGUCUGACGUACUGCAAGCUGUGAAAACCCCUUGCAACACAGAUGCUUGACAUCAGAUGGAUUUAUCAAAGCUGCAAACAAAAUUCAUAUUCAAAUUCCCAAACCUGCAUACGGAAUAUGUUCAAGCAUACAGCAGGCAUUGACGGUUGUUCCAUGUGCCUUUAACUGUCCUGGAAAGCAACAAGGCCAUGAUAAUGACCUGGCCCAACCAGUUCAGUACAUCCUCCAUCACCUGGUGUAUUUUCAUCAUUCUGAUAUGAUAAAUACCCUGGCCCCAUUUGCUGCCAUGGCUUGUUUUGCCCAAUUUUGAUACCCAUGAAGAUCCGGGUUAGAAUAGGUCUUCAGCCGCCCAUACUUGUUGUAAGAGGCGACUAACAGGAUCAGGUGGUCAGGCUCA